AUGACCAACACAACCACCGUAACUGUACCCAUAGUCGGCAGACCUGAAGCCGCGUCUGAGCCACCCCUCUUCAACAGUCGUCUUCAUCCGCUCCAAUACCACAAAUGCAACCAUCACGCAGAACACAUCUCAAAUCCACCACACCGAAUCACAUCAAACGGAUCUGUGAAAAUCACGCUCCACCAACUUCCACACACGACCAGACCUCUAUCUCUUAUUCCCUUAUCCGGCAAUGCAACACCUACUAUUUUGCUUCACCCUACUUUCUUCUCAAAACUCUGCCACAUCAGCAACAACACUAAAGUUGAGAGCUCAUACCAGCAUGUUCUUGAUCAAGGUAUGAUGGAUGGUGGUCCAGAAUUCCUGUCAUGA